AUGGUAGUAAACAAAUGUGUUAGAACUUUAGUGGCAAAUAAGGAUAAGAGUUUUGUUAGAGAAUUAUCGAUGCUAGUGGUUGACAAAAAUACUGAUCUCAUUCAAAAUAGAAUAAUUGAUGUGGAUGUUAGUGUUUCAGAGUUCGUGUCAUUAGCUGAUAAUAAUUUCAACAUACCUGAGAAAAUUGAUAUGUUAUUAGGUGCGGAGGUGUUCUACGAAUUGUUGCAGCCGGAACGAUUUUUUGCUGAAAAUUCCAAAUUGUUGUUGCAAAAUACUGUGUUUGGUUUUGUCGUGAGUGGCAGCGUUGAUCAGGUAGAUGUUGGUCAGGUUCAUUGUGGGUUGAUUCUUGAUGAUGACUUGAAUAAAACUUUAAAACGAUUUUGGGAAAUUGAAAAUGUCGAAGUAGAAUUUGCAAAGGAUGCAGAGGCGUCUUUGUGUGAGGAUCAUUUUGUAAGCACCCAUAGAAGAAAUGCUGAUGGUAGAUAUGUAGUUGCAAUGCCCUGA